AUGCAGAUCUUCGUGAAGACCCUUACAGGGAAAACCAUCACGCUUGAGAUUGAACCCUCAGACACUAUAGAAAAUGUAAAGGCCAAGAUCCAGGCUAAGGAAGGAAUUCCUCCUGAUCAGCAGAGGCUGAUCUUCACUGGUAAGCAGCUGGAAGAUGGCCGUACUUUGUCUGAAUACAAUAUUCAAAAGGAGUCCACCCUUCAUCUUGUGUUGAGACUUCGUGGUGGUGCUAAGAAAAGGAAGAAGUCUUACAUCACUCCCAAGAAGAAUAAGCAUAAGAGGAAGAAGGUUAAGGUGGCUGUACUAAAGUAGUAUAAGGUGGAUGAA